AUGUUGACGCGCCAUCGUCGACUCUCCCACACUGACGGCAUCGAGUAUUCUGAUUUGGCUGUCAACAACCCAUCCUCAAUAGCAAAGCGGGAUGGUGAAUCAUGUAACUCUUUCGGUACUCGCGAGCUUGACGGUACCCAGGAACCUAGCUCAACAAUCACUGAGGAUGGGUUCUCUUUAUCCCCACAUCUGCACACUUUAGAUGAGCUGGGAACUCAGAAUGGCACUAUUGCUUUCCCUCCUGAGGUAGAUGUCAUGGGAACUGCGGCGGAGAAUACCGCCAGCCAAACAUUCCCGUGGAAUGAAAAUGAUAAUUUGGACUUUCUUUGGAACGACUCGCGUCCAUUUUCGGAGGUUCUACCAGCCAGCUUCUUCGACACGAACCUCUCGUUGGUUGAUAUUUCCCAGCAAUAUCAAGUUCCUCUCCCGGAGCAGCGGCAAAGCUCUGAACGAGUAGGUCAUGGGCAGCAAAGUACCAACGAUUCUCUAGGUAUAAACUCAGGACAUGAAUUACAAGCUCAAGCGGGGCCAUCCUUACCGGAACCGCGGCAUUUUUUCACAGAACCAAACGCGGACCACGAAAACCACCUCCCCGCUGCCGAGGAAGAGGAUGAUCCAUCGCAAAACCGCCACUUAAAAGGGAAUUUUGCUCCUUCAAUUUCCCCUUGGAAACUGACGCCUUCGGAAUACGCAGCGCUAUCAAAUGACAUCAAAGAACUCGCCCUUGUUCUUCCCUCAUCUUUCUCUUUGCCUUCCCGACAUACUCUCUCUCGCUUCCUAGAAGGGUUCUUUCGCGGCUAUCAUGAUCACAUGCCAUUCCUCCACACCCCCUCCUUCUCUCCUUCAUCACUUGGCACAGAGCUCAUUUUAUCGCUGGCGGCGGUCGGAGCUUUCUAUCGUUUUGAACAUGCAAAGGGGUACAUGAUCUACCACGCCGCACGGAAACUUAUCAACUGGCGUCUCGACCAACGCGACGGCCUGGUGAUUUCAAACCUGGCAAAGACUUCCCCUGGCUACACAGGCCCUUCGAAUAUGCGAGGUCACCCGCAGAGCUCCGCUACUAGCAAUGGACACCAAGCUGCACACUGUGACUCAUCUAGAAAAACUCCGAAGCUUUUGUUACGUUUGUUGCAAGGACUUAUAGUUUUGAUGACUUUGGCAUCAUGGGGCGAUCGCUCUGUGGUAGGCAAUUCGAUUGCGAUAUCCGGCCAAGUUGCUGUGUUAGUGCGUGAAAUCGGCAUCUCCACAACUGAUGGAGGCCAUGAUAUACCUUCUUGGGAAGAAUGGGUGGAGCAAGAGGAGCGUCGUCGAACGCUAUGGGUGGCAUAUGCUCAAUUCAACUUGCAAUCUAUAGCCUUUAACUUACCUCCUAUGAUUUUGAACCAGGAAGUACUUUUGAGUUUGCCAUCCUGCGGCGAAGAGUGGAAUUCACCCAAUUCGAAAGAAUGGAGGCACAUGCGAAAAUUUCAUACGCCUGAUUCCAGAAAUUUUCAACAGGCCUUAGAGCAACUUCUCCAAGGCCAUCAAAUCCAUGAACCGGUGGCAAUUUCUGCCUUCGCGAAUUAUGUCCUCAUUCACGGCUUACUUCAAGAGAUCUUCUUCGCUCGCAACACAACUUCUCUCACAGAACAAUCUACAGGCUCUCUUCCAAUGAGCUUUGUACAGGCACUGGAAUCGGCACUGCGAGCGUGGCAAAGUUCCUGGGAGGCCACCUAUGAAUCAACCCUAGACCCCUUAUCUCCAAGAGGUCCUAUGGGAUUCAACGCAACAGCCCUUGUGCGCUUAGCAUAUAUUCGUCUCAACGCCAAUACAGGGCCGCACCGUCAACUAAGUACUCGGAACCCCGAUGAAAUUGCCCACGGGCUCAUUGAUGGCCGACCUGCUGUCAGUGAACGCUCUCCUUUCCUUGAUCGUGCAGUUCUGCAAUGCAUCCACGCAUUGAGUAUUCCCGUCCGGUCGGGGAUACAGUUCACAGCACGCACCCAAAUGCUGAACUGGAGCAUGCAGCAUUCGCUUUGCAAUCUUGAAUGUGUAUUUCUUCUCAACCAAUGGCUUCAAGAGAUUGCUCGAUGUAUUGAGCUGUUCGGCGUUCAGAAGUUGCGAGACGAUGAGCGCAAGCUUCUCAGUAUGAUUUACACUGUUAUCAGAGAGGCGGAUAUCACUGAGCUUUCAGAUUGGGCCAACGAUGAUGCGGAUGCAGUCCGCCAUCUAGCAGCAUGUACCGCCCGGCUGUGGGCCGAGACCUUUGGAGGGUUCCAUAUAUUUGACAUUUCUCAGGUGAUAGGUGAGAGCGUUACGAUCAUUGCAGAUAUCCUGGAUUCUAGGAUGGCAUCUUCGACCUGA